AUGGAGGAGGCGCAGCGGAAGGCGGACGAGAUGCUGGCGGAGCUGCAGGCGGGGAGCGGGGCGGAGGAGAAGGCGGAACGGAUGGAGGCGGCGGUGGAGUAUCUGGCGGGCCUUCCGCCCGACGUGCGCGCGACCGUGCUGCCCGACGCGCUGCCGCGCUUGCUGGAGCUUCAGGCGGACUCGACGUUUCUCGUCCGAAAAAACUCGGUCGAGCUCUUCUACCGCCUUGGCUCCACUAUCAAGCACCGCGACGCCCCUGCGCUCAUCGCCUCCGCGCUCGCCGCCAUCAUCCGCGCCUGUCCGCCCAUGCCCCUCCCGCCUUCUCCCUCCGCUCCUUCCCCUGCUGCGGCUGCGGCACUAAUGCCUCUGCCCACGCGCCUGUCCCCUGCUGCUGUGGCGAGCACCAAGGCAGUCAAGCACGCAAUUUCCGCUGCUGCCGCCCUCGUUAAGGGCGCCUUCGCUACUGUCACUCCCGUCACAGGCGAGCCCCAGGCAUGGUCAGAAGCAUGGGAGCAGGUAUCAGCGCUGGUGCCGCUGAUAAGGGGCAUGCUGCCAGGCCAGUACGCGGAUAGCGUUCGCGUGCACGCUGUGGGCUUCGUAGAGAUGAUCGUGCUGCUCGGCCGACCAGGCGGCAAAACUGCUGCUGCCUCUUCUGCUGCUGCUGGUAAUGGCAGCAGUGGGCUGAACGGGAGCAACGGAAGGGACGGGACGGAAGUCGGAGCAGCAGCAGCAGCAGCAGCAGAGAGCAAGGACAUGGCGAACGGAGUGUUACAUCUCCCUGACCCAGACUCCGACCCGUGGCUUAAAGCCCAGUCCCUCGCCUCCCUCUCCGCCCUCACCUCUCUCCUGCAACCCCCCACAGUCGCCUCCCUCUCGCCCCCGCUCCUCCUCACACUCACCAGCAGCCUCGCUGGCAUCGCCCGCCGCUGCCACGCUCUUUAUAGUCACAUUGUGCCGGCGCUAGUGGCGAUUGUGCCGCCCACUGCCACGUCAGCGGCGUCAGCGCCGGUGGCGGUGCCGCGUGGGGAGGAGAGUGGGUGUGGGGUGGUUCAGCAGCUGCUGCAGGCGUCGGGGAGUGUGAGGCACGGCGUGCGGGCGGCGCUGCUUGUCAUGUUGCGGCUCAUGCCGCUCGCUCCAGGCGGGAUGAAGGGGGGUGCCACUGUUGCGGGUGCUGGUACUGCCGGUACUGCUGCUACUCCUGCCUCCAUCCCAGCUGGUGGUGCCAAGGACUUGUCAUCUCUUCAGAUCCCUCCUCUCUACACCUCUUUCUUCUCUCGCGUGCUGAAAUCUCUCCUCUCGCCCUCCUCCGCUGCUGCUGCUGCCGCACCCGGCGGGCUCAAGUCCCUCCUGCUGCCUCUCUUUGUGGAGGCGCCCUUCCUCCCGCCCUCACUGCUCAACCUGCUGGGGCAGGCGUGUGGGCUGGAGGGCCUUGGGCGGAGGGAGGGCGAGGGGGGGAUUGUGGGCCCCAUGGGGGCUGGGGCUGGUAGAAAGAGGAGAUUAGAAGAGAGGGGUGAUGGGGGUGAGGGGGAAAAGGCACGGGAUGUGGAAGGAGGAGGAAAGGGGGAGGGAAGAGAAGGAGAGGCGGGAGAGGGUAGAGAGCAGGGAGACGGGGCAGAGGGAGGGGAAGCAGAAAACGAACCAGAGGGACCAAGGUCAGAGGAAGAGCUAAAACGAGUAAAAGAGUCCCUCGUGGUUCUCUGGCGGUUGCUAGUCCUACGCCCGCCCGUGCGCAGGCGGUGUCUAGCCAUGGCCUUGCAGUGUGCAGUGCACUCGCACGCAGACAUCCGAUCCAAGGGCGUGGCGCUGGUGGCUAACCGCCUGCACGCCCUGCCGUACCUCACGGUGCCGAUAGAGCGGUAUGCGCUCAAGCAGCUGCUGUCGCUGCCUGGCAUGGCGCUGCCGGCACCUGCUGGCGCUGCUGGUGCUACGAAACCGUCCCUGCUAGCGGAUUUCUUCCGAGUGUUUGCGCAUGUCAACCCUGUGGCGAAGCGGGUCAUGCUGCGGGACCUGCUGCCGCCCAUGCUCGCCACACUCCCCCCCACCACUCCCGACCUCCUCACACUCAUCUCUAACCCUCCAGAGGGCUCCAUACGCCUUUUGCUCAAGCUGCUGCACUGUGUGGCGGACACACCACGCCCAUCCGCCCCUCCCCCGCCCUUCAUUGCUGCCGUCAAAACCCUCUCUGCUGCCAGGCCUGUGGAGCCAGAGCUCCUCAUUCCCAUCCUGCCCUUCCUCUCCAAAAACGAGGCAUUGGAGGUCUUUCCACGCCUGCUGCAUCUGCCUCUGGAGCUCUUCAAAAUCGCCCAGGACCGAUUGCUACAGGGCUCCCCCCACACGCCACCACCGCUAACAGCAGUGGAGCUCAUGACCACACUGCACGCCCUGCAGCCCAAGAGGGACAACGUGCCCUUGAAAAAGAUCAUGGCGGUGUGUUCCUUCUGCAUCUCCCAGCGCGCCAUCUACACACAGCAAGUCAUCGCCAAAGUGCUCAACCAACUGGUUGGGCAGACGCCUCUCCCCAUGCUCCUCUUCCGCACGGCCAUGGAGUCUGUUGCAGCCUUCCCUGACAUCGCAUCAUUUGUAGCGGACAUUCUUUCGCGCCUCAUAACCAAGCAGGUGUGGAGAGCCCAUCCUCAGCUGUGGUUGGGCUUCAUCAAGUGCUGCCUCGUUACAAAGCCUCUCUCCUUCCCUGUUCUCCUACAACUGCCAGCAGCACAGCUGGAGGAUGCGUUGAAUCGAGAGCCAUCGCUCCGACCUGACCUUGCAGCACAUGCCGCGCAACCAUCUGUGCAGCCCUCUGUUCCACGGGCGUCUCUGGUUCUUCUGGGAGUCAUCACACAAGACCUUGGCGACGCUCCAGCUGCAGGAGCUUCGGCAAUUGCUACUGCUUGA